AAUUCUUCUUUAAGAAAAUUUUUUAAGAAAAUGUAUAAAACUUUGCUUCCCUUACUUUUCUUAAUUAUUGCCAUUCAUUUGUCUGAAUGUGGUUAUGGUUAUGGGGGUGGAGGAGGUUUUGGAACAAGUGGAUUAGGUGGGGGUGGCUUUCAACAAUCUCAACAAUCAGGUUUUAGCCAGUGGAGUAGUGGAUCUAGCAGCAGCGGAGGGGGAAGUAGUUUUGGAGGGGGUGGUAUGCCAUCAUUUGGAGGAGGGGGAGCGAAUUAUGGCUAUGGUGGACGAAAAUAA